AUGAGUUCUAGACGUUGUGCUGCUUGCAAACAAUUGAGAAGAAGAUGUCCUUCUGAUUGUAUAUUUUUACCAUAUUUUCCUCCAAAUAAUCCACAAAGAUUUUCUUUUGUUCACAAAAUUUAUGGUGCUAGCAACGUUGGAAAGAUGCUCCAGCAAGUCCAAGAACAUCAACGAGCUGAUGUGGCAAAUUCCUUGUACUACGAGGCUUACUGCCGAAUUAAGAGUCCAGUUCAUGGGUGCCUCGGAAUUAUAAGUAUUUUACGUCAAGAAAUCGACCAUUUCAAAUGCGAAUUAGCAAAAAUACAAGCUGAACUUAGCCUUGUCAAAGCUCAAGCACAAAUAGAAGCACAAGGACAAGUUGAAAGUGAUGUUUAUCAUCCAUCUUUUGAUAUUUCUAGUACUCCUUGGUUUUACUAG